AUGCAAAAAAAACUGAAAGUCAAAGGCAAGGGCAACGCCAGCAAUUUCAUCAGUCGACGAAAAUGUCUGAGUAAGUUGGGGGUUACUCUGUCUCAAUUCAGAAUGCUAUGCAUAUUGAAGGGUGUCUAUCCUAAAGUCCCCAACACGUCGAAACUCGACAAAAACAAAAUUUACUACAGUAAAAAAGACAUUAAACUACUUAGCAACGAUCAAUUGAUUGAUCAACUCAAUGGCCAACGCAUUAUUGCGAAACGAAUCAAAAAAUACAUAGCUCAGUGUGACUUGACCAAAGCUCGUAUCGCUUCAGACUUGAAAGAACCGCUUUCCAUUACUCACAUUUUAGUUGAACGUUAUCCCACGCUCGUUUCAGCUUUGAAAGAUUUAGACGACGCUCUUAGUUUCAUUGCGUUGUUUUCAAUCCUCACUGUCGAUGUUGACGCUGGUAUCGACGGCGAGACCCUCAACGAAUGCAAAAACAUAAUUAAUAAUUUUUUUUUGUUUGUAAGUAAAUCUAAAUGUUUAACCAGAACGUUCGUCAGCGUCAAAGGAAUUUACUACGAAGUUGAAAUCUUAAAUCAAAAAAUUUUAUGGCUUCACCCGCACGAACUUCCCCAGUCCGUGCCAGAGUUGAUCGAUAUGAGAGUCAUGUCUUGCUAUACCGAAUUGAUAGAAAAACUAGGUUCAGUCGCCGAGAGCCGUUCAUUUGUUCAGCCCCAGUGGAUCUUUGACUCGAUCAACGCAAUAGAGUUGCAGCCCGAGUCUAAAUACGCUGUUGGUGCAACUUUACCACCCCAUCUUUCUCCGUUUGACCAAUUUGAUUACGAGCCUUCUAAAGAUAUUAUCGAUGUCGACGUUGCCCAGUCAGCUUUAAAUGAAUUGAAAGAUGAAAUCAAAUCUCAGACAGACAAUGAUGUCGAAGAAGGCGAAAAUGAUGAGUUAUUGUAA